AUGUCAAGUUCAAGUUCACCAGAACCUGAUACUUCACAAAUAACAUUAGAAGAUUCAAUAUCUAAACAAGGUAGAAAAAAAACAAAAUCUUCAACAUUAAGUGAAGAACAGAAAAAGGUAUGUUAAACUUCAAAAAUUGACCUUUCGAUAUGAUUAUUAACAUUUUAGGCCCAUCACAUAGCUUCAGAACAGAAAAGAAGAGAGAAUAUCAGAUCUGAAUUUGAUAAAAUAGUAAGUUUGACUCCAAAUUUAACCGAGCUGGAAAAUAGAAGUGAAUUAAAUAUCUUGACUAAAUCCGCUGAUUAUAUUGAUCAAUUAAGAGAUGAAAAUCAGAAAUUAAUCGAAUUGUGUAGGAUGAAGGGUAUUCAAGUGCCUCUGGAGUUGAUAUAUACUGGUCCACAAAAUGAUGGUAGUGAUAUAGCAAAAUAG